GAAAGAGAAAGUUUGGGUAUGUGAUACUAUUUUUAGCAUUUACGGCACAUUGUGUUGCUACUGGAGUGAUAAGUCAUAAACAGUUUGAUUCUGGGCUAAUAGGCUUCUAUAGAGAAGUCUUAUCAACGCCGUGGUGUAGAGCUGGUCCUUUCCUAAUUGGUAUAGGCCUUGCUUUAUUAUUAAGAAACAAGAUAGCAAUUGAAAAGAGAAUUAAUUGGCCUAUAGCCGUUUUAUUGUGGCUAGUUUCGAUAGCGGCAAUGGUCACUGUAACCUUUAUAACUUAUACUCAAUUUCGAAAGGGAGGAACUCCAUGGUCAAAAACUGGUUCAGUAGCAUUUGACGUUAUUGGAAAAAAUGUUUGGGGUUUAGGUGUAUCGUGGAUUAUUCUAGCAUGUAGCAUCCGUAGAGGUGGUUUUAUAAAUGAAUUUUUAUCAUGGCGAGCAUUUAUUCCUCUAGCAAAGUGUGUUUAUCCAGCUUUACUUAUACACGGAAUCCUUAUUUUUAGAUAUGUCUAUAAUAAAAGAAAUCUUGUUUAUGUUGAGGAUUUUGAAAUGAUAUAUGUAUUUAUGGGACAUAUGAUGUUCUCCUUAGCCGUCGGAUGUUUGAUUGCCAUUCUAUUCUGGUAUCCUUUCCUCGGAUUAGAAAGAGCAAUCUUAGGGCGUGCAGAUUCGUCUCUUAAAGAGCUCAAAGCUGAAAUGAUCAAUGAUAUGAAACAGGAACAAGAAUUAUUCAGCAAUGCACAAGACUCUUUUAAUCAAUUGAGUAAUUUAAAGAUUUUCCUAAAUCAAAUCGGAAAGUCAUUUGAAAUAAAAGACGACUGGCCUGAUCUCAAACAUACUUUUCGACUGCUUGGAUCUGAUGGCUCACUCAGAUAUAGAGGUAUUUUGGAAGGACCGCGAGCAUUUCGAAAGUAUGCAACUUUAUUGUCAAGCGAAGAGAGAAAGUUUAGUCAUAGAGAGUCUGUAGAAUCUUUUGAUGUUUUUCGACCGCCCAGUAAUUAUUCUCAAUUUGGCGUUUCUCCCACUUGCCAGCAUGAUAUGAGUGUAGGCGUUUUAAAUGGAUUUAAAUUACUAAUGACUAUAUUGGGAGAUGAAGCUGCAGAAUCUUUGGUUGGACCUCCAUUAGAUAAAAUUCUGCGGGGUAUGAGAGAUUUGAAAGAACUCAAUAAUAAAACUGUUGACGCAAUAAUUACAACAAUGGAUGCAUUUUUCAAACUUCCAUCUGGAGUACUUGGAGGGCAGCUGCAUUGGGUUGGAAGUUGGGCAUUGUGCAAUGGAAUGAGAAAUCCGUACUUGGAUUGGAAGAUGGAAUUUGAAGAUGGAAAUAAGACUACGAUUAACUACUUGGGAGAGAAAGAAUUUGGUGGAAAAUAUUGUAGAUUAGCUUUGGUUCCAACAGAGAGUCUCGAAGAAGGAACAGCCUCAAUUCCCAUUGAACUUGGACUGUGCUUUCCUGAUUCUUGUAAUUAUACAGAAAUUGGGUCGAUAAUGCAGCGAGGCCUAGUGCUAAGUAAUGUAGAGGAAACCGAUAAUAGUAAUCCGAGGCUAAAAUCUCUCGAUGAAGCUCUUGGCUUAUCUGUUUUGGAAUCAUUCUGCGGAAAUUCAUGGUACUCCUUAACUGACUAUUGGCAGGGUAGAGCAGUUUUAUGGAGCGUUGUCGUUUUAGUAAUUAUUAUAGUAGUUGCAACAAUUUACGAUAUCGUUUUUCGAAAGGAAGUAUUAAAGAUGAGGGUACAUUAUUUAGAGUCAACAAUGACACAAAAGAAGGGAGCUGCCUACAUAUUUCAAUCACCAGAUGUAAAAACUUCGUACGACAUGGAAGAGGAUGAUUGUCCAGAGAAGGGCAUAGGAAUUAAGGAUAGACUUGAGCAAAUUAUUAGUGGUUUUUCAGCUUUCUCAAGUGCCAAGUUAAUUUUCAAUACAUCUUAUAAAAGAGGGUAUAUACCAACUGUAAAUGCUCUGAAAUUUUUAAGUUAUGGUUGGGCAGUUGUAGGUAAUACUUAUGUUUUUGGAAUUUUGGUCGCUGAAGUACACACGACUGGUAAUCUUAUAAACGCUCUACCGAAAUUGUUAAAACGAUGGACAUUUCAACCUGUUUUAAAUUAUCAUUAUAACAUGGAUACAUUUCUAACAAUAAGUGGAUUUUUAAUUGCCUAUUCCUUCAUAAACAAAUAUAAAUCAAUUAAGCAGAUAACUCCAAAAGUUAUUGCUCUGUUUUACUUUCACAGAUGGUGGCAAUUAGUGGUUCCCCUGAUGUUUGUUGUUGGUGCAUUUGCCUAUCUUUAUAAACAACUGGGUGAUGGUCCACUCUUUGCCAUAACUGUUACUGAUGCUGAAAAUUGCAAAAGCUCUUGGUGGACUAAUCUCAUUCUUAUGCAUAACAUUCUAAAUAGAGAUAAACGUUGCUUAGCAUGGACUGUUUAUGCCGGGCUUGUUUGGCAGCUUCAUAUAAUUACGCCUUUUAUAUUAAUACCUUUCCUACGAAAACCAGUUGCAGGCUAUAUUUCGCUAGCUGCUUUUUAUAUAGCACAUAUAGUUUCAACAGCGGUGAUCAGUAGUAGGGAGUACAAUGGAGGGGCAAACGUUGGCGGCUUCUUCAGUCAUAUUCUAACAACUCCGUGGUGUAGAGCUGGUCCUUAUUUGAUUGGAGUUCUCUUUGCUCUUGUUUACAAGAAAAAGCACAAGCUUGCAGAAAAGAUUAAUGGUUAUGUAGCAAUUGUUUGCUGGGCAAUUUCACUUGUAAUUGUUACAUCGAUAACAUUUUCUACUUUAUCAAUAUUUAACAAGAAAGAUAGUUUUUUCUCUCCAUGGAACAAGGCAAGAGUAGUUGCCUCUGAUACACUUUCCCGAAGUGCCUUUUCAAUAGCAAUUGUCUGGAUAAUUUUUGCGUGUACCAGUGGUUUUGGUGGAUUUCUGACAAGAUUUUUCAGAUGGAGAGCAUUUGUUCCACUAUCAAGAAUACUUUAUCCAGCAAUGUUAAUUCAUACUAUUGUAAUAUUUCGCUACAUUUACAAUAAAAGAAUACCUAUAUUAGUAGAAGAUUUUGAAAUGAUAUAUUUAUUUUUUGGCCAUUGUCUAGCAUCCUACGGUUUAGGCCUUGUUGUUGCUUUGAUAAUAUGGUAUCCUUUUCUUAAUUUAGAAAGGGCGAUAUUAUAUAUGGAUAAAAAAGAUAUUUUUAUGGACAUGAAGAAGUAUAUUAAAUCUCCACGAAAGUGA